CAGAAGGGGGAAAGUUAUUGAUGAGAUUCGCGCGUGUGACCGGCCCCCGCGAUUCUUAGGUUUACGACUAUUGCGCGGUAGACUAAAUAGUUUUGAUCGGUUCAAAGGUCACGUCCCGAGCAGAUCGUGCCGUAUUGUCAGAAAGAGAAAGAUAGAUAGUGGUAUUCAACAAUACAGAUCCUAGUUGCUUCUGUCUUCGGACUAGCAGCAGGUGAGUUCGGUCAAUUCUUUGAGCGAACAUCUUUUUCUUUCGCCCCUCCCGCUUAUCUAUUUCCUCGUUAUUGCGAUAAGUCACGUUCUGUUAUCUGCAGUUCUUUUUUUUUUGUCGUAUUUAUUACAUCGAAUGUGAUUGGAAAAAAACGAUUUACGCUUAAUAUUUUAAUUGGCUGUGAUCUUUGCAGUAAUUGAAAAUAUUAGACGAUGCAGGGUAAAGGAUUUACAUCAGAAUUCAAAAUGUCACUGUGGGCAAAAGCACAACAGUUGCCACAAGAUGCUUUGCAACAAGUACGCUCGGUGUAUGGAGAACAUUUUCCAAUAGAGGUUCGACAUUUUUUGUCUACCUGGAUCGAAGAAAAAAUGUGGACUGACAUAGAACCUGAAAAUCCACAACACGAACAGUACAUAGCCAAUCUAGUUAUAUCUUUGAUACAAGAAUUAGAAUCCAAAGCAGCUUCUUUAAAUACAGACGAUAUGUUUCUCACAAAGUUAAAAUUAAUUGAAGCUGCAAAAAAUUUUCGUCAGAGGUACACCCACAAUCCAACAACAUUGUUUAGAAUAAUUAGACACUGUUUAGCAACAGAAAUGAAAUUAGUAGCACAGGUAGAGAAUUUGGGAGGUGCUUUGAUAAGUAUGGCAGGUGGAAAAGUUGGAUUGCUCAGCGAUGCCGUUGCCGAAAUAGCGCAGCACGUUGAAUCUUUACGACGCAGAACGCAAGAGACCGGGGAAGAUUUACGAAAAAUGGAACAGGAACAAGAAGCAUUUGCGAUCAGUUACCACGAAUGUACUAAAUUGAACGCGCAUCUCCAACAUCUCGCAACGCAACCGCAAAAUCAACAAAAUUUGGACUUGGAGAAGAAGAUCAGGAGGCAAAAAGAGCAACAGGAGCAAUUAUUAAACCAUAAAGUAGCUGGUUUAAUGCAGUUACGUUUGACGUUAGCCGAUAAAUUGAAAGACACGAUCACCAGAUUGAACAGCUUGCAAUCCAGAGUCUUGGACGACGAACUUAUUAGAUGGAAAAGAGUACAACAAUUGGCAGGAAACGGCGGACCAUUUAACAGUAAUUUAGACUCUAUUCAAGAAUGGUGCGAAAGUUUAGCCGAAUUAAUUUGGCUGAAUCGUCAACAAAUCAAAGAAGCAGAACGUUUGAAACAAAAAUUUGCGCUCGAACCGCCAGGAAUGCAAGAUAUUCUGCCUACGUUGAAUUCACAGAUCACACAGCUUCUUAGUUCGUUAGUUACUAGCACGUUUAUCAUAGAAAAGCAACCGCCGCAAGUAAUGAAAACCAAUACUCGUUUCACGAGUACAGUACGUCUUCUGGUGGGUGGAAAACUGAAUGUUCAUAUGACUCCGCCUCAAGUAAAAGUAAGCAUUAUUAGCGAGGCUCAGGCGAACGCUAUGUUGAAAAGCGAUAAAAUGGCAAAGAAUGGAGAAGCUAGCGGUGAAAUUUUGAACAAUACAGGAACGAUGGAGUACCAUCAAGCAACAAGACAACUAUCCGUAAGUUUUCGCAACAUGCAGCUGAAGAAGAUCAAAAGAGCCGAAAAGAAAGGAACAGAGUCUGUCAUGGACGAAAAGUUUUCGCUUCUUUUUCAAUCGCAAUUUAGCGUCGGGGGAGGUGAAUUGGUAUUCCAGGUUUGGACGUUAAGUUUACCAGUUGUAGUAAUUGUACAUGGAAAUCAAGAGCCGCACGCGUGGGCUACGGUUACGUGGGAUAACGCUUUCGCCGAACCUGGAAGAGUACCAUUUGCAGUGCCCGAUAAGGUUCCCUGGGGUCAAGUAGCCGAAGCAUUAAACGUUAAAUUCAAAUCGGCAACAGGUCGUUCAUUGACAGAAGACAAUCUUCGAUUUCUUGCGGAGAAAGCAUUUCGCGGUGGAAACGCGGGCGGACAAGACUAUUCCGGGCUACUAUUGAGCUGGGCACAGUUUUGCAAGGAGCCACUACCCGAAAGGAAUUUCACGUUCUGGGAAUGGUUUUACGCCGUGAUGAAAUUAACCAGGGAGCACUUGAAGGGCCCCUGGGCCGACGGUUGCAUAUUAGGAUUCGUGAAGAAAAAACAGGCCGAGGAAAUGCUGGCAACCUGCGCGUCAGGGACUUUCCUAAUGCGUUUUUCAGAUUCGGAACUAGGUGGCGUUACCAUCGCGUGGGUCGCAGAUCAAACCGAGGUCUUUAUGUUACAACCGUUCACGAGUAAAGAUUUUGCGAUACGCAGCUUGGCGGAUCGUUUGUUUGAUUUGCAACACCUGCUUUACCUCUACCCAGACCGGUCGAAAGAUCAAGCAUUUUCCAAAUAUUACACGCCGUUCGCAGAAAAUCAACCUACGUCGACGAAUGGAUAUGUGAAACCUUUCUUAGUAACGCACGUACCUGGUUGGGGCGGGCCGGGUGUUGGUGGUCAGACACCGUCACACUCUUCUGUAGUCGGGGUAGGCAGUAGUGGUCAAAGUGGUCCAGGUGGUAGUUAUCCUGCAACGCCGUCCACCAUAUUCCAAGCGCACAGUCCUGACCCGUCCGUAACACGCGAUACUCCAUCGGUGGCUUCCAGCUACGCUCCGGGCCUUGGCCAGUCAAGCGUUGGGCGAGCAAACACGGACAUGGACUAUGUGGAUCUGAUGAGUCACAGCGAGCUGCCCUCGAUCGACGAAAAUAUCGACUUGGAGCCCUUUAAUAGCUUUAGCUUCUCCGAGUUCAUACAAUCGUACAACACUAAGCCGCAAUAGGUAUGUCGGGACGAUCGCGAUGCGUUUCUUGUUUGUACCUAUAUUGUUGCGUCGACUGGCCGACUUCGUUUGUUCGAUCCACAUCCACAUGGAUUUUUAAACCGUUGUUUGAUAGGGGAGGGAUGUAAAAAGAAAAAUGAUCGUCUCUUGUCGUCGUUAAUAUCGUUCAUCCGACACGCUAUACACACUUGUUCUUAGUUUGUAUUCGCCUCCGACGAUGCGUUGGUAUAUGCCUUUCGAUUAGAUCGUGUAAGUGCAAUAUAUGUAUGUAGUAUAAUUUAUCAAGGCGAUUACCAAUCGAUUCUAGUUACUUUGCAAACGAAAAAUCGCACCUACAUUUAUACACAUACUACUACUUGUUAUUUAGUUGCAAUUAUACGCGUACCACACUCGACAUUAUAGUAGUUUAUUGUUUUCAUCGCGAAACACUUAUUGCGUCGAAUGUUAACAACGGCAGUUUCGAAAUUUUAGAAACGUUCGAUCGAAACGAACCAAAUUAUUUGCUCCGCGUAGGAUCUACCAGCUUAUGUUUUAGGUUUAUAUUUUACCACGAGGCUUUCUUUUACGAGAUAUUUAAUUUUAUUCGGCUUCUCUUUAAUAGUUCAAAUUAUUGCGAUUCGUAAGGAAAUGUUUAAGAUACAAAAAUCACAUAGAGUUAAUUUAGAUAUCGUUAACGUAGUAUACUUUUAAAUAUUAAACCAUCUUGUACAAAACAAUUUAAAUGAUUUUACAGAUAAUAUUAUACGAUCUUUGUUUCUUUUUUUUUUUUCCUCUUUUUAACAACUAUCUUUUAACGAUGGUCACGACAGCCUAUCAAUGCACAUUAAAAGAUCUUUUUGUUGCUCGAAAGGACAUAAAGUAGAGAAAAAACUAUACUAGAAUCAGUAUGUAUAAUGCGUAAGUAGGGACAAUCACUUCCGUCUAGUUUUGUAAAUAGCGAAAUUACAAGAAAUUAAAUUUUUUAAUUUAUUAACCGGACGUGCGACGUACCAAACAUACAAGAGAUUUGUGCAACGUUAUGUAAUUUGCGUGACCUAAUCUUUAAAUCGUGCCUUACAAUCUUUAAAUCUAUUAUUAUAAUAUUUUUCGAAAAUACUUACAUGUAAAUUUACAUCUAGAUUUAGUGAAACUCUUCCUUUUCGUGAGAGGAUUCGCGUUAUCGAUACAAAACGCGAACACUAAUCGCACGAUGAAAUGUUUGUUUCGACUUGAAGCGUGAUGAUAACGCAAUAUAGUAAGAAAAAAAAAAAUUAGCAAAUUCGAAGUAAAGGCAUCUUUAACGCAAGCGUUAAUCCUAAGCGUCUAAAAGUUUAAUGGGCAAUUUAAAUAGACAAAAUUAAUCGUACCUUUAAUUAUCGUUCCCUCCCCUGUGGUAUAUGUAAUAUUAAAAAAAAAGAAGAAAAUUAUUAAUUGUUACGCAUAUGUAAAACAUCGAUGUACGCUAAGUUUUGCCUUGGGUAGGAUUUACACGCAUUGUUAUCCCA